CCAAAGCUUCGCGAGACUUCCCGCGCUUCCCAUAACUCUCCGCGCUCUCCCAUCGCGUCCUCUUUCCGCCAUCUUGCAGCGCUGGCACCAUGGUGCGUAUGAAUGUCCUGGCAGAUGCUCUCAAAAGCAUCAACAAUGCAGAAAAGCGAGGAAAACGUCAGGUUCUCAUUAGGCCAUGCUCUAAAGUAAUUGUCCGGUUCUUAACUGUGAUGAUGAAGCAUGGUUACAUUGGUGAAUUUGAGAUCAUUGAUGAUCAUAGAGCAGGAAAAAUUGUCGUGAACCUCACGGGCAGAUUAAACAAGUGUGGUGUAAUCAGCCCCAGAUUUGAUGUUCAGUUGAAAGAUCUGGAGAAGUGGCAGAAUAAUCUGCUACCGUCCCGUCAGUUUGGGUUCAUUGUGCUUACAACCUCAGCUGGCAUCAUGGACCAUGAGGAAGCAAGACGAAAACACACAGGAGGAAAAAUCCUGGGAUUCUUUUUCUAAGGAUGUAAAACAUACAUACAAAUAAAAAUGAUCCAAUGGAC